AUGACAGUUCUUCCAGCAGCUGAUGCACCAAUCCCCAUCUUCACCACCCUGAAAGAAGUGUAUGGCAGUCUCGCGACAGCAGCCAAACACGCAGAACGCUGGGACGAGCUUGUCAGAGAGUUUGAGACCAAGUUCGGUCACAAACCUACCUAUGUCGCCCGAGCCCCAGGCCGAGUCAAGUACGUUUACGCUCUCCUUUUCCCACUGAUGUUCAUUAUUCUCCGUGAACACAUAGAUUAUGCGGACUUUGGUGUUUUUCCAGCCGCUAUAGAGCAUGAUAUUCUCAUUGCUUGUGCUCCGCGGCCAGCGCCUACCGCUGCUGCGCAUCCUGAGGGUUACGCGCCAGGCUCUGUCGUAGCUGAGAACCUUCACACUCGUUACACACGCCAGGUCUUCUGGCCGACUCGCCGUCACACGCUUGGCGACGAUGUUCCCCUUGACGCUGUGCGCGUCGCCCCCUGGCACUUGGACAUCGAUAAAAGCGAGCUACGAUGGGAAAGUUAUGUCAAGGCGGGAUAUUAUGGUGUUCUGAAUCACUUCUUCUUUCCAUCGUCCAUAUCCCCCGUUCCUGUCCCUGUUGAUAUUCUCGUAACUGGAAAUGUUCCUCCUGGUUCUGGUCUUUCAAGCAGUGCGGCCAUGGUCGUCUCGAGUACGCUGGCAUUUUUAGCAGUCAAUGGUAUUUUUGACGGGGAAAAGGCCCCAACCAAGGGUGAGCUAGUAAAUAUUGCAAUGGAAAACGAGAGACGAGUUGGGGUGAACAGUGGAGGGAUGGACCAAUCGGCUUCCGUGAUCGCUCUUCCUGGCAGCGCACUAUAUGUUUCCUUCGUGCCUUCCCUUCAUGCGGAGCCAAUCGUACUUCCGCGCGACUGCCGUGUUUGUCUCCUAGUCGUCUCCAACAAAGCAGAAAGCGCUAAACACCAAUACAACCUCCGUGUUGCGGAGACCCUCGCAGCUGCCCGCCUCCUCUCUCAUCGUCUUAAUCUCCAAGUCGACUCUAUAGACGGCGAAAACACGAAGCGGCACCUCGUCACCCUACAUGAGCAAGAUGCACAGUUUGAAGAUCUUGUGCUGCUCCAGAAAGGGUUGGUGGACAUAUUGGAAAUUGCUAUGGAGUAUUUGUUGCCAGAGUUUGGUGAUAGAACAGAUAUCUCCCUAGAUGAGGUGAUUGGCAAAAGUGGGAUGGGUGAGGCAGAAUUUAGGGAGUUGUAUCUUUCGGGGGUGGACGUGGAGACAACUAACUUUGAGCUGUAUCUCCGUGCUCGGCACGUUUUUGAAGAGGCGCUCAGAGUGCUCACAUUUAGGGAGGUCUGCUUAGCUGGAGGAGGCAACGAAGAAUCCAAACUCCAGACCCUCGGUAAACUGAUGAACGAGUCGCACGACAGCUGCCACAGGCAAUUCGACUGCUCCCAUCCGAAAGUGAACGACCUCGUCCGUGUCGCGCGGAGCUUUGGAGAAGUGGAGACAGGCGCUGGCUGGGGUGGUUGCACCGUUUCUCUCGUACAUCGAGACGAUGUUGAAGCGUUUAUCAUGCACGCGAAAAAGAAAUAUGCGUCAUAUGAGGGUAUGAGCGAGGACGACCUUGCAAGCUGUGUAUUUGCGACGGAGCCGGGGAUGGGCGCGUGUGUGUUCAAGUUAACAGAUUGACCACCAGACUGGAAAGCCGGUCAGGGUUCGAUCGCUAUGCUGGUAGUCUUUUGAUUGAUGUCGAUUUAAGAAGAACACACGAAGGCACCACUCGGGUGUUGCUGAGAGGCUCGGGGAAGGAUACAUGGAUUGUACUUACUAGUUUUGGAACUACAGGAACUUUGCCUUAUGUCGGAGUGAUGGUGUAUGACUUGACCUUGCAGUCUUUCUCGGAAUCGAAACAUUCGAGGCGUCGAUCAAUGCACAUUGCAGACCGGUUUCUCCUCUCAGUCUGUGCCUGGUAGUGAUUAGUCCUUGCACGAAUCGAUAUCCGAAACUACACAAAUAGCUGACAAGUAUAGUAACA